CAUUUGAUAUUCUGCAUCCACCACCUUUCUUCUCAACAAAUCACCUGAAAGAGAGAGAGAGAUGUCUAACUCCGGAAUGAAUGGUGUUAAGAACCAAAUCAACACAAGGCGUGUAGCAAAUCCAGGAAAGGCAACAGUGCUUGCUCUCGGCAAGGCCUUCCCAAGCCAAGUGGUUCCACAGGAGCAUCUCGUGGAGGGCUUUCUACGUGACACCAAAUGUGAUGACGCCUUUAUCAAAGAGAAGCUAGAACACUUGUGCAAAACCACAACCGUGAAGACACGCUACACGGUCUUGUCACGAGAGAUACUCGAUAAAUACCCCGAGCUAACAACCGAAGGCUCACCAACAAUCAAACAAAGGCUAGAGAUCGCAAACGAGGCUGUUGUGGAGAUGGCACUGGAAGCAAGUUUGUGCUGCAUCAAGGAAUGGGGAAGGCAAGUGGAAGACAUCACUCACAUUGUCUACGUCUCCUCGAGCGAGAUCCGCUUACCCGGUGGCGACCUUUACCUCUCCGCGAAGCUAGGUCUAAAGAGCGACGUGAACAGAGUGAUGCUUUACUUUCUUGGAUGCUACGGAGGUGUAACAGGCCUCCGUGUGGCCAAAGACAUCGCCGAGAACAACCCCGGAAGCCGCGUUCUCCUCACGACCUCCGAGACCACCAUCCUCGGGUUCCGACCACCGAACAAAGCUCGUCCUUACGACCUGGUCGGGGCUGCUCUGUUCGGGGACGGCGCGGCUGCGGUGAUCGUGGGAGCAGACCCUUUACCAUCCGAAGCUCCUUUCAUGGAGCUUCACUAUGCUGUUCAGCAGUUCUUGCCAGGGACGCAGAGCGUGAUCGACGGGAGGCUGACGGAGGAAGGGAUAAACUUCAAGCUGGGACGAGACCUACCUCAGAAGAUAGAAGAGAACAUAGAAGAGUUCUGUAAGAAGCUGAUGGGUAAAGCUGGGGAUGAUUCCAUGGAGUUUAACGACAUGUUCUGGACCGUUCAUCCCGGAGGACCCGCGAUUCUGAACCGUCUGGAGACGAAGCUGAAGCUGGGGAGAGAGAAGCUGGAGUGUAGCAGGAGGGCGUUGGUGGAUUAUGGGAACGUGAGUAGCAACACUAUAUUGUAUGUGAUGGAGUAUAUGAGAGAUGAGUUGAAGAAGAAAGGUGGGGAUGCACAAGAGUGGGGACUUGGGUUAGCUUUUGGACCUGGAAUCACUUUCGAAGGCCUUCUCAUUCGCAGUCUCACAUCUACCUAAUUUCAAAUCUAUUACCUUGUAGAAAAUAAAGAAUAUAUUUAUAUAUAUAUAUAUAUAUAUAAUAUUGUAACCAGGGCUUAUUUAUAAGCUCAUAUGAUCAAUCCAUAGUUUGUUGUAUUUGA